UCCCUCUCAACGAAAACAUUAGGGGCUUCCAGCUGCAGACAUGAGAGACCGAAAUAUGAAAAAUGUCCUGGUGGUAUCCAUCGGAUUUCUAUCUCUGUUCACAGCAUACGGGGGACUGCAAAGUUUACAGAGCAGUUUGAAUGCAGAGCAAGGAAUGGGGGUGACCUCUCUCAGUGUUAUCUACGCCUCCAUCAUCCUCUCCUCCAUGUUCUUACCACCCAUUCUCAUCAAAAAUAUUGGCUGCAAGUGGACUAUAGUGGCUGGCAUGGCCUGCUAUGUGACAUAUUCAUUUGGAAACCUCUAUCCGGGAUGGUACACUCUGAUCCCAACCUCCAUCAUCCUGGGCAUGGGAGGCUCUCCACUGUGGUCCGCUAAGUGCACCCUGCUCACCAUCAGCGGUAACCUGCAGGCACCCAAAGACAACAAGAAGGCAGCAGAUGUUAUUAAUAAGUACUUUGGCAUAUUCUUUCUGAUCUUCCAGUCUUCUGGUGUAUGGGGAAACCUCAUGUCCUCGUUGAUAUUCGGCUCAGAUACAAAUAUAACUCAAAUCUCAGAGGAAGAUCUACAAUAUUGCGGCGCAGGUGUGUGCGUUGAAAUCGGUGCAAACACCACAACCAAAAGGCCAGCACAAGAUCUGGUCGAGACACUCGUUGGCAGCUACAUUGGGGUGGGAGUGUUGGCCAUGAUCAUAGUGGCCGUGUUUCUGGACAACAUAGACAGAGAUCAGGCCCGGGAGUUCAGAGGCAACAGGGAGCCAUUCUGGAGCACCUUCCUGGCCACAUUCACCCUCCUGAAGGACAAGAGAUUAGUGAUUCUCAUCCCGUUGACCAUGUACAGUGGCUUUGAGCAGAGUUUUCUCUCUGGUGAAUAUACAAAGAACUAUGUGACCUGUGCAUUAGGAAUCCAUUUUGUUGGAUAUACGAUGAUAUGUUUUGCAGCCGCAAAUUCCUUAUGCUCCUUUGUUUUUGGGAGGUUGGCAGAAUACACUGGAAGAGCUGCACUGUUUUGCCUGGCUGCAGUGACGAACCUUGCUUGUAUCCUGGCCCUGUUGUUCUGGAGACCUCAUCCAGAUCAGCUGCCCGUGUUCUUCGUGUUUCCUGCCCUUUGGGGCUUGGCAGACGCCGUGUGGCAGACACAAACCAACUCACUGUAUGGGGUACUCUUUCCCCGACACAAAGAGGCUGCGUUUGCUAACUACCGUAUGUGGGAGUCCCUGGGGUUUGUGAUAGCCUUCGCCUACAGCACUUUCAUCUGUCUGGACACCAAGCUCUACAUUCUCCUUGGGGUUCUGAUCCUCUCCAUGGUGACCUAUUUGUGGGUGGAGUACCAAGAACACAUGAAUCCUACACUCCCAGUGGAGGAGGGGAUAUACAGCAAAGACUAUAAAAAGGACAUAGACUCCUCAGCCAAGGAAAAUCGCAUCAUUGCUCAGACCAGCUUAUAGACUCAACAUAUUUAUUUCUAUUUCAUUUUUUACCCAUCAGGGAUUUUCUUUUCUUUUUCAAGUGAACCCUGGCAAAGAAACAAUUUGUAUAUAGUUAAAUUAGGCAAAAUAACACAUUAAGAAACAUACAUUUUUGUAACUAUGAUUUCAGAUCCUUCUGCAACAUGAUGAUUGGGCAGCAAAGCUAAAAGUACUCUUGCCAGACUAUAUUCUUGUAUUAGGGACAUUAUGUGAAAUGCAGUUUUUAGAUCUUAUUUGGAAGAAUGACACCUAAGAAAGGAAAUCCAGAGAUCACCAUUCUGACACAAUUAUGUCCCUAACACAGGACACUUUUAGACAAUUAUAUAUUUUGUGGAUGUCUAGAUCAUUCUCAUGCUACGUUAACCCUAAGUGAGGUGUUUACAUUUGUGCUUUUUUUCAUGUUUCCUUUAGACUAUCACUGCUAUUUUUACUUCACGUUAUUUUGUGUUCUAACUUAGAAGAAAAUACAGGACUGAAAGACACUAAUGGAGCAGAUCCCUCUAUCUUUUGUCAACCACAGGUGUGCUACAGCAAAGCAAGGUCAAAUCAAUGAAAACGCCCUGACAACAUUUUCUUUGGUUUAUUGUGACUUUACAACG